UCCCUUGUACCUACUCGUUUUUCCCCUCCGGUUGCUGCCACCCUCGUCGUCCCUUCUCCGGUCGACGGCGGGUGGAGCUUCUUCCCCUCCGGUUUGAUCCUAACCAUACGUACGCAUAUAUAUAUAUAUAUAUAAUAAAGAUGGGAAAUACCAAAAAGCCCUUCCAGCUCUUGGAAGUCACCAUCAUUUCGGCUCAAGAUCUGGAGCCGAAAGCAAAGAAGAACAUGCGUACGUACACCACGGCGUGGAUCAACCCGGCCCGGAAGCUGAGCACCAUCAUCGACACAGAGGGCGGCAGCAACCCCACGUGGAACGACAAGUUUGUUUUCAGGGUGGAUGAGGCCUUCCUCCGCCAAGACGGCUCCGCCGUCGAAUUCGAGAUCUACAAGCUCAGCUGGCUCGGUGAUUCCCUCGUCGGAACCGUUCGCCUCCUCCUCGGAAACCUAAUUCCUCCCCCCGGCGCUCCCAACCAACACCAAAACCUCGGCAUGCGUUUCGCCGCCAUUCAGGUGAGGCGUCCCUCAGGGCGUCCGCAAGGAGUAUUGAACAUUGGCGUGGCGGUGCUGGAUAGCUCCAAGAGGAGCACGCCGUUGGAUCGAUCCGAAGAUUAUCAUCAUCGGAACAAUAACAACCCCGUCUUGAGCCGAUCAAGGAGCGAUCGUAGCGAAUUUCUCGGACUGGACAGUGAGGCGGUUGAGAUUCCGAAGAAGAAAAGAGGUAAUAAGAAGGUUGUUGACGACGACAAAGAGAGCUCCAUCCUUAGCAUGUCUUGGUUUCCACCACCCCCUCCCCCUUCCAUAACCAAAGAGACCAAUGCAAAGAAAAAACCUAACAAGAAGGUUGACGACGACGACAAAGACUCCGCCCUUAGCGCCUCUUGGUACGCACGGCCCCCGCCGCCGCCGCCGGCUGUGACAACAGAGACGAAUCUCAGUAAAAAAGGUAAUAAGGUUAUUGACGACGACAAGGACUCCGUCUUUAGCGCCUCUUGGUACGCACGGCCCCCGCCGCCGCCGCCGGCGGUAACAACAGAGACGAAUCUCAAUAAAAAAGGUAAGAAGGUUAUUGACGACGACAAAGACUCCGUCCUUAGCUCCUCUUGGUACGCACGGCCCCCGCCGCCGCCGCCAACGUCAACAACAGAGACGAAUCUCAAUAAAAAAGGUAAUAAGGUUAUUGACGACGACAAAGACUCCGUCCUUAGCUCCUCUUGGUACGCACGGCCCCCGCCGCCGCCGCCGACGUCAACAACAGAGACGAAUGUCAAUAAAAGAGGUUAUAAGUUUGACGACGACAAAGGUAGCUCCAUCCUUAGUAUGUCUUGGUUCCAACCGCAACCACCGCCGCCGAUAACGACGGAGACGGAUCUCAAUAAAAAAGGUAACAAGGUUGACGAUGACAAAGAUAGCUCCAUCCUUAGUAUGUCACGGUACCAACUGCCGCCACCGCCGGCGGCGGCGAUAACGACGGAGACGAAUGCGAUGAAAGGAAAGGCCUCGUCGGUGAUCAACACCGCCGAUCUCAAAUCUUACGAGAAAGGCAAGGCGAUCUCGGUGGUGAGCGAUUCAAUCAUGAUCAAAGAUUCAUCACCCUCCGGAAAAAUCGGUAACAAGAUCGAAGCGCGGCAAGCGGAAAAUAAGGAGAUCGUUGGGGAUAACAAAAAUGGGCCCCAGUUUGAUCAAAGCCCAACAAACAACUCGGUUGACGGAAGGCCCAAAAUCGGCGGGAAGCCCAAUAUCCCGAGAAUCCCGGGAUUCGACUACGGGAGCGUUAAGGGGACGGGGAGUAAGUUAGUUAUCGGUGGAGGGCCCUACAAGGCGAACUCCAUAAUGUCCGACUCGGAGGUGGGCCCAUCGCCGUCGGAAGUAGCGGCGGCGAUGGCGGAGCGGCCGAGAUACCCGCUGGAAGACUCGGUUCUGGACGGGUGGAGCUGCGAUGAGAGCGUGGAAGGGUUACGUUCCAGGCUGGAAAGGUGGCGAACCGAACUCCCGCCGUUGUACGACCGUGGAGCCUACGCGCCCACCAGCAGUAGCUUCCAGUCGUCGAGCCAACACACGGCGCCAAGGAAGCGCGGCGCCAACGGCAACGGCGGCGGCCCGUUCUCUUGCUUCGGAAACAUAUUCGGAUACGAGUGUCAGUGCGUUUGCGGUCAGCCGAAGCCGAAAAGAAACGCCGCCAAAACCCGCGUUCGAUCGCCGUCGCCCUUCCGUUAACACAUCCAUUGCUUUGCAUGCAUGCAUGCAUGGGUGAUGGGCGUGGCUGCUAAUUCUUCUCUCACUCAAUUCAGUUUGUUCAAUUUUUUUUGGCUAAAAUAUCAAUUUCAUCCUUGCGAUUUUGUCAUCCACAUCAAUUUUAUUCACAAAUUUUACAAUAUUGCGCGCUUAAAAUUGUAUCUUAUACUUUGCAAAUUAUAUCUCCUCUUAUAUGUAUUCAUGACCAAAUACAAAGUAUAACACUUUACAAAUUAUACAACAUUAUAAUGAAUUGCGGUAAUGUAAAA